AUGUCAUCCACACAACAUGCCCCGCCUGCCGAUGAUGAUGAUGUCACAGACGGGGACGGAGUGACGGUGUAUGCCUUCGGCGACGCAGACGCCGAAAGUCAGUGGUCUCCAGAGGACCCCAACCAGGAGAACGAAGAAGAGGUGGCGGACGACGACGCAGAGGAAGGGGAUGAAGAAGAAGAAGAAGAAGAAGCAGGCCACUACUACGACGAACCCGAUCAGUCCGGUCUUUACGGAGCUUUGGGCAGCCACCUCUUAGACGGCAUGGACGUGUCCGAGAAUGGCGGUGUGCCCUUGGAGUUGGAAUACUUGGUCAACGCACUCACCCACGACAUGGACAUCGACGGUCCCGCCGGGUUGGACAAUGGCUUCGACACAGCCUCCGCCGCGCAUGACAGCGGUGGCCCACAGCCCGGCGUCCCUCAUAAUGUUAUAGCCGGUCUGGAUCUGGGGGGAGCGUACGUGAACAUGCCCGUCAUGCCCGUCGCCAACGUACCCCUUCCUUCUGUCGCCAACAUGCUCUUCGGCGGCUUUGCCCCGGCAGACGCCUGGGCCGCACAGCCCUUUUCUUAUUCCAACCCGAACCCAGGCAUCAUCGGGCCGUCUAACUACGGCCUGACUGACUUCCUCCGCCACUGGGCACGCCAGAGCCGAGCCAUGCCGCUAGCUCGAAGUAGCUGUCCGUGGCCAGCCAGGGUGAACUCGCUCGACGACGACACGCAGCUUUCGUGGGUCGGCUAUGACGACCUCGAAGGGGACCAGUGCGAUUUCCAAGGGAUCGACUGGGAGGACUUGGGUGUCACGAGGAGAGACGCCAGAGAGCGCCGGCUACUGACGUACGCCAACUACGUGAACGCACCUGGAUCAGACCGGUGGGCGCCGCACCUCCCCGAUGUUGCGCUUCCCUGUACCGAGAGCUUCUUCCGCUUCCGGCGCAUGGACAUCAAGCGAGACGUCCACCUGUCGCACUUCCAGCUGCGCAACUUGUUCGCAAGCACCUCGCAUGCGCGCGUCUUCUACCCCGCCAUCGGCAGCGUCCAGCAGUACAACCCCAUGUCCGGCCAUGGCCGCGCCAUCGUCCAGUUCGACUCCGCGGCCGCCGCGCAAGUCUCGACCCUGGCUGCCGGCCACGGCGUCCUGGUCGCGGGCACUUGUAGCGGCGACUACAUCCUCCGCCGCCUGGACUCGGGCGAACCCGAGAAGACGGCCUGCCACGAGGGCGUCAUUUCGAGCAGUAACAGUAUCAGCGGGAUCACCAACCAUGUCGCGGUUCAUCAGGCGCGGACAUCUUCGGCGCCGCUCGCAGCUUUUGCGUCGAACGACAGCUGCUUCCGCGUCCUCGACAUCGCCACCGAGACUUGGCUGUCCCAAGAGACGCUCGACUUCGCUCCGAACUGCACCGCGCUGUCUCCGGACGGGCGGUUGCGGGUCAUGGUAGGUGACACGUUCGACGUGGUGAUCACGGCCGCCGAGUCGCGGGCGUCAGGCGGGCAGCCCGAGAUCCUGCACAGGCUACCUGGCCAUCGCGACUACGGCUUCGCCUGCGACUGGGCCGACGACGGGUGGACCGUCGCCACAGCAUUCCAGGACAAGUCUGUCAAGAUCUGGGACGCCCGUCGGUUCACCGACAGCUCGGGCAAUGCCGUGUCUGUGUGCACCAUACGCAGCGAGAUGGCGUGCGUGCGUAGCCUGCGCUUCUCACCCGUCGGCAGCGGGAAGCGGGUGCUCGUGGCUGCGGAAGAGGCCGACUUCGUCAACAUCAUCGAUGCUCAGACCUUCCGGCGAAAGCAGACGCUGGAUGUAUUUGGCGAGCUCGGCGGCGUCUCAUUUGCCAACGGCGGUCAGGAUCUAAUGGUCCUGUGCUGUGACCGCGCGCGCGGAGGCAUCAUGCAGCUCGAGAGGUGUGGUCAAGGAGACCAGCUCCUGUGGGAAGGCCUGCAAGAGGGAUUCAGGCACGGCGCCCCCCGUCUUGAGCCCAACGGGGCUACCCACGACUGGCCACGGUCGAUGUUUACCGAGGAGAAGCGCAUCAAGGAGAGUUCUUCGCGGCGGCGCAGGAAAGUCGGUGCUCAACUUGAGAUUGAGCCGUUCUGA